AUGGACAAGCUGAACGAGGCCUCUGCUGACAGCGUCAUGGCCAAGCCCGCCAGCGACCAAGUUCGCAACGACGGCACCGGUACGUGUUUGCAACAUCGUUCUUGCUGCGAACGAGACUGAUUUCGGACAAGGUGUUAUCCAACUCGAUCCGUGGCUUGAGCCAUAUUCAGCAGCCCUUCGAUCUCGCUUCAGCAAAGCCCAGAACUGGAUCAAGACAAUCGAGAAGAACGAAGGAGGAUUAGAGACGUUCUCGCGCGGGUAUGAGAAAUUCGGCUUCAAUGUCCUGCCAGAUAACACAAUCGUAUAUCGAGAGUGGGCUCCAUUUGCUCUGCGCGCCUUCCUGAUUGGUGACUUCAACGGGUGGAACAGAGAUAGCCAUGAGAUGCAGAGGGAUCCGUUUGGGGUCUGGGAGAUCAGCUUGCCGCCGAACAACGGAGAGCCUGCCAUUCCUCAUGACAGCAAGAUCAAGAUCAGCAUGGUCGUCCCGAAUGAUCACGCUCGGCAGGAGAGGUUGCCAGCGUGGAUAAAGCGAGUCACCCAAGACUUGUCGGUUUCGCCAGUGUACGAUGCACGAUUCUGGAAUCCACCGCACAAGUACCAAUGGAAGAAUUCACGCCCGCCAAAGCCCGCCAGUGCUAGAGUGUAUGAGGCUCACGUAGGUAUCUCGAGCCCAGAGCCCAAGGUAGCCACCUACAAGGAGUUCACUCAAUAUAUGCUGCCACGCAUUCGAGAUCUCGGAUACAACACCAUCCAGCUCAUGGCCAUCAUGGAGCACGCCUACUAUGCCUCCUUCGGAUAUCAGAUCAACUCAUUCUUCGCGGCUUCUUCACGCUACGGCUUUCCGGAUGACCUCAAGGAGCUCAUCGACACCGCACAUGGCAUGGGUAUCACCGUGUUGCUGGACGUUGUGCACUCUCAUGCAAGCAAGAACGUGCUCGAUGGACUCAACAUGUUUGACAACAGCGACCAUCUCUACUUCCACGAGGGAGCACGGGGAAGGCAUGAGCUGUGGGACAGUCGGAUCUUUAACUACGGCCACCAUGAAGUCCUGCGCUUUCUGCUUUCCAACCUCAGAUUCUGGAUGGAGGAGUACCAAUUCGACGGUUUCCGAUUCGAUGGUGUGACCAGCAUGCUGUAUCAGCACCACGGUAUUGGCACUGGCUUCAGUGGCGGCUAUCACGAGUACUUUGGGCCAAGUGUAGACGAGGAUGGUGUUGUCUACCUCAUGCUGGCAAACGAGAUGCUGCACACACUUUACCCGAGUUGUAUCACAAUCGCGGAAGAUGUGUCUGGCAUGCCGGCGUUGUGCAUCAAGCUGAGUCUGGGUGGGAUAGGAUUCGACUACAGACUUGCCAUGGCCGUACCGGAUCUUUACAUCAAAUGGCUGAAAGAGAAGCAAGACAUUGACUGGGAUAUGGGUGCCCUAUGCUUCACCUUGACCAAUCGUAGACAUGGCGAGAAGACUAUCGCGUACGCAGAGAGUCACGACCAAGCUCUGGUUGGUGAUAAGACCCUACUAUUCUGGCUUUGCGACGCAGAGAUGUACACCAACAUGUCGACCCUCUCAACCUUCACGCCGGUCAUCGAGCGUGGUAUGGCGCUACACAAGAUGAUCCGACUCAUUACACACAGCCUGGGUGGAGAGGCCUACCUGAACUUCGAAGGCAACGAGUUUGGACACCCAGAAUGGCUGGAUUUUCCGCGCGAGGGCAACAACAACAGCUUCCACUACGCGAGGAGACAAUUCAAUCUCCCAGACGACAAUCUUCUGAGAUACAGAUUCUUGAACGAGUUCGAUAAGGCUAUGCAGUGGACAGAGGACAAGUACGGAUGGCUGCACUCUCCGCAAGCAUACAUCAGCUUGAAGCAUGAAGGGGACAAGGUCAUUGUCUUUGAGCGCGCUGGCCUGCUCUGGAUUUUCAAUUUCCACCCCUCGAGUUCCUUCACGGACUACCGGGUGGGCGUCGAAGUACCGGGAACGUACCGGGUGGUGUUGAACACCGACGAUGCGGCAUUUGGUGGUCUUGACCGGAUACGGAACGACACGCGCCACUUCACGACAGACUUUGCAUGGAACAAUCGGAAGAACUUCUUGCAGGUGUACAUUCCGACGCGGACCGCAAUGGUGAGUGACAAUAAAGGUACAAACCUUGGCCGAACAGAAUACUAACUUCUUAACCAGGUCCUCGCGCUUGAGGAGACGCUCGACCCGAAGUGGAAGUCCAAGGUAUCGCUCGGAUACUAG